AUGGCUGACGCGCCGGCUAACCGAAGCAGGAUCGUGCCCAUCAUGGCCGACCAAACCGCUACAGCAACAACAAGGACUCCAACACCAACAUCCAAAGGCAGGCCCGCCACCAAAAAGGCAUCCUCCGGUCCAAGGCCUGCAUCCUCCGGUCGAACGACACGUUCCCAGACCAAGGCCCUCGGUUUAGACGGUCUCAAUGCCAAUUUAGAGACAUUGGAAGUGCGCGGGUUGUAUGCCUUUCAAACAAAAGGCGACGGCAAUUGCCUCUACUAUGCUCUAUCCGAUCAAUUGUACGGUGACUGGGAUCACGCGACCGAAAUACGCGAUAAGUUGUCAGCCCAUAUGGGAGCCAACCGUGAUUACUUUUCGGGAUUUGCCGUUGUCAUUGGAGGCGAAAGACGCUCUAAACGUGCUGUGCAGCGCAAAGUAGUGACAGCCCCAAUCAUGAGUCCCUCGCCAACUCCGAGCGAAAUCGAAGACGCGUUCCAAGGCAUGGUGACGCGUACGGCAACCAACUAUAUCUGGGGUGGUGCGGAAGAGCUACAGGCGUGCUGUCAAUACUACAAGCGAGACAUUCGAGUCUAUAGCGAGUCCCAGGUGCAGGACUUUCGAGCUGUGGAUGCCCCUGAAGGCGAAUAUCGUAGCUUCCUGCACCUUGCUUACAUCAAUAACGUUCAUUACUCGUCAGUUCGCAAUGUAGACGGUCCACAUGAAGGACUUCCGAACGUGAAUCCCAAAGAAGUGACCACCAAUCCGGUAGUCGUCGACCGCGUCACGCCCUGGAAAAUUUCAUGCAUACAGGAAGGGCUGGGAGGCCAGUAUGACCAUGACGCUAUUGUGGAAAUGCUCCGUCGGUGCCGGGGAGACAUUGACCGUGCGUUUGCCAACUUACUGGACGAAGAAUCAUCAUCGGCAUCCUCAUUUGUCUCGUCCGCAACUUCAGCCGCAUCGUCCCAAACAUCAUCAACAACCGCAUCAAGCACAUCGACAGUCCAGAAUCAAUCUAAAUCUCAGAUACCCGAAUCAGGUAUUCCAACAGCUUUCAAGCCUCGUCUGAUGUCGUCUCGCUCCUCAUCGCGACACAGUACGGCCAGCAAACGCUCUGCAGACAGUGAUGGCGAGAGCUCUGGGACUUCUGUACGCAGACAGCGUGGACGGGAGCAGAAGCGUCGUAUAUUGCCCAAGGUCACUGUCGGCAUCAAUUUUGGCAACCAAGACAAGCCGGAUCUAGUAUCAUUACGAUUGCGAGUCAAUUCCCAGACCGUGGCAGAGCAUAUCAGCCCCGUGCCCACAGAGAAAUCAGACCAGCCCGAGGAAGAGGCAGGCCGCAAGCUACGACCACGUAAACUCGGAAGAAGCAUGCGCAGCGAGACCGACAGUGCUUCAACCGUUUCGAGCGAAAUCGUUGUCAAGCAGGAAGAAUAA